CUGGCGUUCGGAUGCGCAUCCGGUGGGCCCGUCCCUGCCGCGCCCGAGGCCGGCGAACCGGCGGAAGUGGAGCUUCGCAUUGUCGCCAUCAACGACUUCCACGGCCACAUCGCCACGUCUUCGGAUUCAUUCGGCGGCGUGGGUCGCGCCGACUACCUGGCCGCCAACAUCGCGGCCGCCCGGGCCGGCGCUCAGAACUCGGCGUUCGUGUCUGCCGGCGAUCUCAUUGGCGCCUCGCCCCUGAUCUCUGCCCUGUUCCACGACGAACCCACCAUUGAAGCCAUGAACCUGAUCGGCCUGGAUUUCAACGGGGUGGGCAACCAUGAAUUCGACGAGGGACCCGCCGAGUUGCUGCGGAUGCAACAGGGCGGCUCACACCCCGUCGACGGCGACCUGGACGGCGAUUCCUUCGACGGCGCGGACUUUCAGUUCCUCGCCGCCAAUGUCAUCGACGACAACACCGGAAACACCGUCUUCCCACCCUACGCCAUCCGCGAUUACCAGGGGAUCAGGGUGGCGUUCAUUGGGAUGACCCUGGAAGCAACCCCCCAAAUAGUUGCCCGCUCCGGUGUGGCGGGUCUCACCUUCCAGGACGAGGCGCAAACCGUCAACGCCCUGGUCCCACAGCUUCGCCAGGACGGUAUCGAGGCGAUAGUAGUCCUGCUCCACGAGGGCGGCUUCUCCGACGGCGGGCAGAAUGACUGCGGCUCAGGUCUCAGCGGGCCGGUUGCCGAGGUCGCGGCAAGGUUGGAUGGCGCAGUGGAUCUGGUGAUCGCGGGACACACCAAUGAUGAGUUUAUCUGCGAGAUCAGCGGCAAGUGGGUGACCAUGGCCGACAAUCGCGGCCGCCUCUUCACCGUCAUCGACGCCACCCUGCAUCGGGACACCGGGGACCUCACGGUGCGGGCGAUCAACAACCAGCCCAACUCCCAGGCCGGCGUGACGCCCGUUCCCGCGCUCACCGCGCUCAUUGACCGGUAUGACGUCCUGUCGGCGCCCCGAGCCAACGCCGUGGUCGGAACCGUAACCGCCGACAUCACCCGUCAGCAGAACGAGGCGGGAGAGUCCGCUUUGGGCGAUGUAAUAGCAGACGCCCACCUGGCUGCCACCAGUGGCAUCGAUGAUGGGGGCGCCGUGGUGGCCUUCAUGAACCAGGGCGGCAUCCGGGAGGACAUACGGUACGCCGCGUCCGGCGACGAGGCCGGCGGUGUGUUGACCUUUGGGGAGGCUUUUGGGGUCAAUCCUUUUGGCAAUAGCCUGGUCACCAUGUCCCUGACCGGCGCCCAGAUCGACGAUCUGCUUGAGGUGCAGUUCGCCGACCUCGAGGCGGGUACGAGGAGGGUCCUCCAGGUCUCCGCUGGGUUCAGCUACACCUGGGACGCGUCCCGGCCAGUCGGCUCGAGGGUGGACGCAGCCAGCAUCACGAUUGACGGUGUCGCGAUCAAUCUCGAUCGCACCUAUCGUGUCACCGUCAACAGCUUCCUGGCCGACGGUGGUGGCGGAUUCGACGUCCUCACCGAGGGCGCCCAGCGAACCGGCGGGGAGAUUGACCUGGACGCGUUGGUCGCCUACUUCGCCGGCGUCGAUGCGGUUUCCCCCGGUCAGCAGGACCGCAUCACCCGCGUGAACUGA